ACGCCAUCAACGAGAAUGCGUGUGAUUGUUUAUUUAUUUGUCAUCCAUACCGUCACAGCGGCGUGGGUGAAGCCUCAGCCCCUUCCGUACAAGUUCUCGUUGGAUCUGGGUUUAGCGUUCCGACGUACGGGAACAAACAAGGCCUGCGAGGUGUGCUUUGGGGGUGAAUACUGCAUCCAGGUUGAACAGGUCAGAUGUGAAUUCUACUUGGAGACGUCAAACUUGCUGCUCGAAGAAAUAAACAUCUCUUCAGAGUCGAAGGAAAACCUACCGCUCAAGUCCAGGGUGGAUGACAUACUGCAUAUUAUAGCGGAGAAAGGGUUAACGGAUUUCGCUGAAUGCGUGCCACUUGUGUCUCGCUACACCGAUUGUACUAAAGAAAACGUCUGCCUGGGCUGCAAAACGUGCACAUGCGAUACUAUUGGGCGCUGGAACUGCUCUGAGGUACAGAAAUGUAGGCCUGACACACUGCCUUUAAAUGUCGACCACCACACUCUUUUGAUCGUCUUGCAAAACUUAAAGAAUCUUAUAAGUCCGGUUAUGAGACGCAAACGCGCUAUCCAUCAUCCACAAAUCGACUAUGAUAUAGUCACCCGAGCAAAACUCUCAGAAUGGCUAUACGGAGCUCCUCCUCUCAACAUUUUUGAAACUAUCCUGAGCACAGUCCACCAAGCUGCAAGUGAUGAAGACAGAGAAACCUUCAUGGCAGAUAAUAAACUAAGCGAACGUAAAGAUCAUAACGACGAAAUUUUAAAAUAUAUAGUGAAUUCUAUAGUAGAUGACGCUCUACCAGAAGUGUUCAGGGAAAGUAUAUCUGAGAAAGCUAAUAUGAAUAGAAUCAAACGUUGGACAAAAGAAAAUAGUACUGGUAAUAUUGAUAUGAAAGACAUAACUGAAUGGCUGACAAAAAUGCCUCCAAAUGAACGUACAGAUUCUGAAUCAAAAAGUGAUAUCGUGACAACUCCCAAUAACGAUUAUAGAAAAAUCCCAGGAAACCAGACGUCUUCGCCACCAGACAACAUAGAACCCGAGUUCCUAACAUUUGACGAAGUGCUAGAUAACAUUGCGUUUGAGAACAAAAAUUAUAGCCGUCGGAAGCCUCCACUGGAUAUGCAUUCAGAGAUGCCAGUUGACUUUAUAUAUGAUGACAAUGUGGUUGACGAAACAGACUUUCCUAUAACGAAAGAUCCAGUGACCGAAACUCCAACAGACGGCACAACAGUCGUUGAAUCUUUAAUUGAAAGUUAUACGGAAGUUGUCAUCGAUUUGCUGGAGUCUGCCAAUGAAGGAGUAAAACUAGAUGAUCUUAUUUUAAAAGAUAGUAUAGAGUCCAAAAAUAUAGCUAGUAACGAUUCGAAUGAUUCAUUCUUUGACAAUUUCAAUAACAUUGAAGAUCUGGAAUCAUCGAAUAUUAUGAAAAAGAAGAGAGAAGUGCCAUUGAUUACAAGUAACAUAACAACCACUUUAACACCCAUUACAAAUCGAACAAAUAUAACUACUACAGCAAGUGUAAAUAAAACUAUUGAAACUAUAACAGUACAUCCAAACAUAGCUCAUUCUGUUUAUGAGCUUGUAAAUAGCGUUGUUCUUCCUCUGAAUGAUGUUUAUAACGAGUUACUUAAAAAAAUUAAUGAUUUACAUCGAAUAAGGGGACAUCUUUUAAGUUUCGUCCACAAAAAUGUAGAUAUUGAUGCCAAAGUCAAAAACAUAACAACUCUUAAUAAGAAGGUAUUCCCUGUUUAUAAAAUAGAAGAUCCACAGUUUCAAGUCUAUUUUAGAACUUCCAAAAACAUUUCCAUGUAUGAAAAAUACGUCCGUAAAUUAAAAAAAGAUGUUUAUGAGGUAAUUCGGGACAUUGUUGGUAUCCAAAAACAUUUUUCUAACCCAUCUAAAAUGCCAGAUGAUCUGAUAUUUUUGAUUAAAGCUAUGAAGCAUUAUGUUCACAAACAAGGUAUACAUUCGAAAAGAAUUAGUGCUAACACUAAUGCUAAUCUUUUGAAACUAAAUGAAACAAAAUUAAAUUCAAGACGCUUGAUGAAAAUAAACGAUUUAGCGACCUCUAAAACUGUAAGAGAAUUAAUUAUACAAAUACUUGAGCUUAUUGAUAAACGUAUGCCAUCCAAAAAUGCAUUAGGACCAAUAUCCAAACCAGCUAGAAAGAUUAUGUGUAGAAUAAUCAGACAAUACUUUGUGGACGAGUUUGCACUGAUGGGCCUCCGAGUUUACGAUCCACAUUACAAUCUUACCAACGACUUAAAUAACGUAGGCUUCAAGUGGCGCAAAUUGUCUUCAGAAAUUAAAAUGAGCGCAUCUAAUAGCCAAUUGUACCAGUUAAAGAUGUUGCACUUAGUAAUGUCUGUUGAUAUCAAUAAAAUGAACGACGCUUUAACAUUAAUCAAUUUUGCUAGUACUAGACGGAUGGUGCCCGUUGACGAAGCCAUUGGCCAUGACAUACUACUCAACAUAGAAAAACGUAUGCUCGAUUUAAGCAAAAAAGUUGUAACAAUAAUAGAAACCACUCUACAUAAGAAAAAAACACAAUAUAGUAGUCUUAAAAAACAAAUAAAAGAUUCCAAUAAGAAAGAAUCAUUCUUAAAACAAGUGAAAACCUUUUUAAUGAAUUCAAAGAAGGACAUAAUGGACCUAUUGCGAAGGAACACACCAAAGUCUGACAUAGUGAAAAAGAUUGCUGGACAGAAACUGGAUGACUUGGGAAAGAAACGGCUAAAUCAAUUGGAAAAGACAAUGACGAAAUGGCAAACACAUUUGAAUAUCAUACCGAGUAGGUCAAAGAGAUAUGCUGUGGACUUUGGUAGGAUACGACAACGAAUUAAAAACAUAAUACCCAAAUACUUACGAGGCAAACUCAAUCCUGCUAUAGAUAACAAUAAAAAUAAUAAGAAGGGAAGGGCGACUAUGAAACCUGAUGAUUCUUCGCUCAAAAAAAAGAAAACGACUAAGGCACCCAAAACAACAAAUCAUGCGAAUAUCAUCACAAAAUCGAAGAGACAAAACACUAAAACGACGCCAAUCAUAGCGAAGGCCUCUACGACUAUCUCCACUACACAGAUAUAGCAGACAGCAACACCUGCUGAGUAAAACAACAUUGUAGCAAACAUUGAAAGAAUCAUAGCACUUAAAAUUGCAAUGAACGGCUUAUUACAUUCCAUUAUUAUGUAAUGGGAAAUAAUAAUAACAAUUUGUACUAUUUUUUUUAUUUGCACAGAGUACUAAUUAAGCUUAAGACCAUUGUAUUAAGUUAAGGCUUCUAUAAACUAUAUUCAUUUUAUCUCUUUGAAUCACUAUACACAGCUGAAUUUGUACUUAAAGAAGUAGCUAUUUUUACUUAUCUACGACACGUUAUUGUAUGCUUGGAAAUUAUG